UUUCCUGGGGAAGAAAUACCGAAGGGGGGCUUUCCAACUGAGACAUCAACAGCCAGAAGAAUGAGCGGCGGCUCCAUUUUGCUAUGUUCCCAUCUCGAUUUUAAAAAACAUUUACUUUAAUAUUGUUUUUACGAUGUCAGCUACGGAUAAAAUACUCUAGCUGCCUAUUUUAAAAACGGAGUUCGGUCGUUUUCAUUGUAAGCGGUUACAUUGUGGUGUUCGCCUUCAUGAACGUGCCAUUCACCGAAGCUCCAUUUAUAACAUUGUAGCUCCUGAAAAACGACGUUGCAUUUGUCAACGUUACAGAUCUGAUUCAUGUCAUGUCAGCAGGGCGGAAUGCGGACGUGCGGGAGCUGCAGAUCCCCCUCCAGCAUCGCUCUCCCUCCCUGGCUGCUCUCUCUCUGGCCCAGCGCCCCUGGCCCAGCGACCCCGAGGCAGGCUUCUUACCCCAGCACGGGGGCUUCUGGGACCACUUCAUAGCCACCCCAGAGCCCAAAUACUGCUGUGAGGCCUGCAGGCUAGUGCUCUGCAACCCCAGGCAGACAGAGUGUGGACACCGCUUCUGUGAAACCUGCAUCUCCGAGCAGCUAAGCAAACCAAAUCCAGUAUGUCCAGCAGAUAUGGAGCCUCUGUUCAAAGACAAGAUCUUCCGUGAUGUGUGCUGCCAUAGAGAGAUCAUGGCUCUGAGAGUGUACUGCAGGAGUGAGAAGAAUGGCUGUAAGGAGCAGAUGAGUCUACAUCAGGUCAUGGAUCAUUUGAAUGUGUGUCCGUAUUUUGAGGUGCCAUGCCCUUUAGGAAAGUGCAAAGAGAAGAUGAUGCGCAAAGACAUUCCUGAGCACUUGAGUUGGAAAUGUAAACACAGAGAGACCACCUGUGAAUUCUGCAUGCACAAGAUGGCCAUGACUGAAUUACAGAAACACAAAGAAACCGUUUGUCCUUCAUGUCCGGUGGCCUGCCCCAAUCAUUGUACUUUUCCCUCCAUCUUACGGAGCGAGCUGACAAGUCAUCAACAUGUGUGCCCCAAGGCUCAUGUCACCUGCUCCUUUAUCCGCUUUGGAUGCAAUUUCAAGGGUCUCAACCAAGACAUGAGGGAUCAUGAAUCAAGCUUUGCCUCUGAACACCUGCGUCUGAUGGCAACAAGGAACACUACGCUGGAGGCCAAGAUGGAGGAUGUUAAAGGAGAGCUUCUGGAGCGGUACAAGGUUCUGCCAGGCCUAAGCAGCCGUCUGUCUGAAACAGAGUCUCAGUACGAGGAGAUGAGGGAGAAUAACAGACAGCUGGAGCAGAAGCUCACUACCAUGCAGAACUUGAUGAGUUCCCACUCUGAGAAGCUUUUGGAGAUGGAGCUGGAGCUGAGGUCUCUGAGGACCAUCCGAGAGGAGGUGGAAACACUACGAGGCACCGUGGAGAGCAUUCGUUCCAGGGUUGCAACGCUAGAGGGAGGAAGGGGCGGGGCCAUCCCAGCCACACACACACUAGGUUCUUUAGAGACACAGCUCUCCCGUCAGGACGACAUGCUGAGUGUCCACGAGAUCCGCUUGGCCGACAUGGACCUGCGCUUCCAGGUCCUAGAGACGGCCUCCUUCAAUGGGACGCUCAUCUGGAAGAUCCGUGACUACAAGCGGCGGAAACAAGAAGCCGUGGCGUCAAAGACCCUAUCUCUCUACAGCCAGCCUUUCUACACUGGAUACUUUGGCUACAAGAUGUGUGCCCGGGUCUACCUGAACGGAGAUGGCAUGGGGAAAGGAACCCACCUGUCUCUGUUCUUUGUGGUGAUGCGUGGCGAGUACGAUGCCCUGCUGCUAUGGCCCUUUAAGCAGAAGGUGACUCUGAUGUUGAUGGACCAGGGCCCAGCCAGGAAGCACCUAGGGGAUGCCUUCAAACCAGACCCCAACAGCAGCAGCUUCAGACGACCCACGGCAGAGAUGAACAUAGCCUCGGGCUGCCCGCUGUUCGUGGCCCAGACUGUGCUGGAGAACGGUACUUACAUCAAAGAUGAUACCAUCUUCAUUAAGGUCACAGUGGACACAUCUGACCUCCCUGACCCUUGACCCCUGGUCUGUAGAGAACAGCAGAUGUAUCUGGAUCAGGGUGCCCUUAUGUGAGAGAGAUUGCAAAAGAUGGGAUGGAGAGAGCAGAAAGAAGGAUGGAGAACAAGAAAAUAAGUUAGAAUAAGAGUAAGGUUUCUUUGCAGAUCUCAAGGUGCAGCCUAAGCCCGCAGAAAGAGCUGGGUGGACCUCAGAGCAGUUGCCUUUGGUGCCUGUGUUGCUCACCAGAUAGGUGAGAGAAGGACAUUGUUAUUUUUCAACCAGGCUGAAUGUUAAAAAAUCUAAGGAAUGCCUAUAUUACUCACAGCAGGGAGAGGUAUAAAUGGCAAUGGAUAGUGGAUCAUUCUAACCCAAGUUAUCAGGAUGCAACCAUCAUCAAACUACAUGGACCCAGUAUGUAUGUGUGUAUGUAUGUAUGUAUGUAUGUAUGUAUGUAUGUAUGUAUGUAUGUAUGUAUGUAUGUAUGUGUAUGUGUGUGUGUGUGUGUGUGUGUGUGUGUGUGUGUGUGUGUGUGUGUGUGUGUGUAUGUGUAUGUAUGUAUAGCAAUCUACCAGAACUAAACAUCAUAUAGAAUGGAGAUAGUGAAUAUAUUUCAGUAGACAUUAAUACUUUCUGCCUUGAAGAACAUGGGACAGUGCAUCAUCCAACACAAGUCGAGGUGUGGAGAUAGUUGUCCCGUGCCCAACUAUCUUCUGUAAUAGCAAAUAUCUCUGAGAACUCAUUACUUGACGUUGAUGAAACAUGUCUACAUUAAAGGCAGAAGAUACAAUCCCACAUGACAUGUUGAAUAAGGAGAUACAAUGCAAUAUGUUGUUGUGUAUGUUGUUUGCAUUGCUGGUGAAGUUUGGUUGUAUUAUUGCAUUGUUAAAGUACAGAAUGUACUGUGUUGGAGAAAGUUGUUGAUUGACAAGCUUUUAUUAACAGGUGUUGUGUGAGCAGUAGGGUGUGUCUUGUGUGCAGGCUCUUAUUUCAGAUUUGGUUUUAGUGGAUCUGGUCUGCAUCUGAAAUGUCAUUCUGCUACCUAUAUUGUGCACUACUGUUGGCCAGAGCUGUACAAAAGUAGUGCACUAUAUAGGGAUUUGGGUGCCAUUUCAGACACAGACAAAGAUGGCACAAAGGAAUGGAUACACACCGGUACAGCAAUGCCACUGUCUCGCGGAGUUAAGAAUAAGACUAGCCUUUCAUUUUGAAGAUCUAUAAAGAUCUGUAAAUUACUUCUAUACUGCUUUUUGUAACUUACACAUUGUUUUGUAAUGUUCAGAACAGAUGCUGUGCAUCAUAUUUCUUUUGUAACAGUUGGGAAAACAAAAUGCCUCAUUAAAACUCCAACCAUGUUGAUUGAGCUGAGACAAAGUGACAGUGACUUGUUUUCAUGAUGGUUGAUGGAGAAUGUUAUUUGCACAAGUUAUGUUUGAAUGUGUAUUAAUAAAAUUGUUCAACAAAACUUGAA